GCGGUGGUGAUGAUGAUGAUGAUGAUGAUAAUAACAAUGAGGGUGUGGGGCAAGAAGUCGGUAAACAAUAGAUGGAUGCCUGUUGCUUGCGGCACGAUUGUAAGGUUGAUUGCAUACACACCGUAAAAUAUGAAGAAAAAAACCCCUGGCCUACGAGUAAGAAGCGACAAGAAGACCGCCCCGUUGUCGUCGAGGCGGGGUUCGUUCCAUGAGAAUCGGAUGACUUGCUCCCCCUUUGCCCAUUUCUUUCUUUCUCUGACAGCGUUUGAUGUCAACGAAACCACCCGGGGUCCUCAAUCCCUUGCCGAAUCUGCUUCGAAUCCUUCGCGCGAAGUGGUCCAACGAGAGAGAGUACGCGUACGUGUACAGAGUAACGUGGACUCAGGGAGCCGAGUUAGAGAACAAUGGGUCAGUGCAGGGCGGACGGGGGGCCAAGCCACACAUGGCGCGUCCGCCACCUGGAAGUCGAGACCUCGGGUUCCCUCUCGUCCAGAGAUCUAGAAUCGCGAGCCCGCCCCCUUAUCAGGAGAUCAUCGGCGACAGCCCAACGGGAUGGCAGAACGCGCCACGAUGCCCGUGGAGCAGAUGACAUGAUGGACGCACGUCUGAAGAUCAUGGGUCCGGUAGCCG